AUGAGCCAUAAUCACCACAACCAGUCAAUUGCACUCUACUCGAAGAUAUUCGGGUCCAGGGACUCCAAAGACAUCGGCUUCUAUCCCUCCAUAUAUACUACUCCCGUUCACGCCAACGCGUUGCGGUCGGUGUUGGUGGCUAACUCAGAAGUCAUCGGAACAUUGACGCCCAGGUCCGAGAACAUCGCCAUAAUGAGGCAGUUGUUGCAGUCGGGAGUUCUGUUGCUUGGGGAUGCCAUGAAGUAUCCCUCCAACGCCCAGGGUGAAUUCUCCUCCAGGGACAAGAAUUCCCGUGGUCCCUAUCCAGAGUUAGACGAUGGGGGCGACGACAUAACAUCGUUGAACGGCCGCGUUCUGACAGUGUCGAUCGUUCUGGACCUAGAUGGUGACGAUAUCACCACAUUGACGGGAAAAGGAGAACUGGAACAAGAAGUCUCGAGCGCCAGCUCUGUCAAUUCCAGAAAAAACUCUAGAACCCAUUCUGGCUCUCCAAUUGCUUCGGAAGGUCAUUUUGAUGAUAUUGACGACGACCUUCGUAUCGAGUUGAUCUCCAACAUAGUGGCUGUCAUACAGGUGUGGUUCCAGUCUUUGUACGAAUCCAAUUUGAUUAUCACCAAGAAAACCAAGUCCAAAUCGGCCACGUCCGAUGUGGCGUCAAAAAUCUUCCAGUUGCCAGGCACCUCUGGUCUUUUCAAUGAUCAAACAUUAACAACGCUUUUGAAAGAAGUAAAUUGGUAUUUUAACAAUGCCAUCAAGCAUAUUGAGGAUUCCUCAGAAACAGAAUUUCAUAAUCUUGUCGUAAUCAAGGAUAUCAUCUUCCUUAUAGGAGAUAUCUUGAAAACCCUUUUUUUAUCAAUUUCAUUCCAUAAAGAAUCUACCAACGAAUUCGUUAUCAUCAAAAGCUUGAUAUUUUCAUUCCUCAAGGUAGAUCUUGCAUCCACCUUUGACAGGCUUUUAAGAGUAUCCAAUGGGUAUGUGGAACCUGAUUCUGAGGAGUCAAACCCGAAAUUUAGUGCUCCUAAGAUCACCCUUUCUCCCGAAACACUCAAUAAAGUGUUCACAAUCAUAGCUACGUUAGCGAACCUACCAUCAAACUUAUUACCCCUAAAUUCUACCACACUUUCCUCGGAUAUAACUAAUCUUAUUAAUGAGUCUCCCAAUAGCUUUGAGCACCAAUUUAUUAGACAAAAAUCGUUUAACUCGGUCAAAUUCGUGCAAGAAUUCGCUUCAAGGUAUAUUCCCAUUUUGGCUAUGACUUUUAGCUAUUGUUACAACUUUAGAGAGGAUCUCUUGGUGACGCAGAUUCAUAACUCUUCGUUCAUGAACUGGUUAACCAAUAACAGAUUCGGUGACAAUUUGUAUGUCAAUUAUGACACAGUCCAUUUAGUUACUGACUUGGACAAGAAUUACGAGACUCUAAGCAUAAUCAGGAGAAUUGAUGAUCCCUAUUUGGUUCAACUCAAGCAAAUCUACGACCACCGUCUUAAAGUUAUAACGGCAAAGGAAAAUGACUAUCUAGAGCUUCCAGAACUUUUACCCUUAAGCAUUUUAUUGGCGGCCUACAUAAAGAAUCCAUCUUUUUUGAGUAUUUUUACAGAACAGCGCCAUAAAAUUACCAGCAAAAUUGAAGAUAUUGAUCCACUUGAAAAUAAACAUAUUGAAUUGUUUGAGAUUUGGCUAUGUGUUUUGUCUUAUGUUUUCCAAUAUCAAUAUAGAUCGGAUAAUAUACUAACCACUACAAAAAUCUCAUUACUGAUCUUAUUGAAGCUUACUUCCCCCGUGGUGUUUGUGACACCUAUAGAUGAAUCAGACAGUCAAGUUCAAAUCUUACAAAGAGUGAAGAAUUUUGAAAUCAAUGAAUUCAAAUGGAAGCUAAGUCAUCAGAAAAGUCCGUUUGUUCCUAAUGACCUCGGAAAAUUUGGAAUUAAAUCCAGUUUGUUCUACAUUUUGGAUAUAGUGCAGAAUUUAAUUCGUUUUAACUUGACUAACAAGUUGAACAUCGAGAACAUUAGAAUGGCCUUGAAUGUGAUGUAUCAAAUCGUGGUGGCAUUCAAUGAAGACCCAUCCAUUGAACUACAGAGGUACGUCUGGGUGGAAUUUUACACAACUAUUUUCAACUUAUUGAAGUUCAUCAACAGACAGCAAUUGAUCAAGUCAAAAUAUUUCCAAGGUCUUAAACAAAUUGGGAGCUUGAAGUCGUUGGUGGAGGAAAUAUUUGUGAUUUUAGACUUUUUGUUGUUACCAAGAUUCAAUGACACAAUACAAUAUCAAGAAGACUUAGGAGUGGUGAAGAGGUCGAAGGAGACAGAUGGAUCAGGGAUUUUUAGGUCUAUUAACUACGAUUUGAUAUACAACAUCUUGUUGAAUUACGAAAGGGUCAAUGAACUACUUAUUGAAUACGACUUGGAUGACUUGGAACAUUUAGGUAGGUUCAGAGAUUGUCUUGAAUAUUUCGAGGGAAAAAUACAUUUGACAGAAGAGUCAAAGGUACAGAAUCAAAAUUCAGAUAAGCUUGAUUUAAUUGACUGUGAUUUUGACUCGCCCGAACUAGUAACCGUGAUUAACGGCUUCACCUUCAGGGAAGUCCAGAAUGAAGAUGCACAAGAUGAGGAGAUCAAUAAGGAAGCUUCCAAGGGCUUCAAGUUUGGUGAGACCAUGCAGUAUGUGAACAAGGAUGUUGAAGUACAGCAUCUUCGGGAAGUAGAAUUGAUAAAGGCAUUUAAUGUUGCAUUGAAAGAAGAAUUCAAAUGA